GAAGAGGGAAAAAGAAAAAACCCGCUGCUUUCAUGAACCGCAUCAGCCCCUCGGUUUAUAAAAAUAAAAGCACGUUAUUGUGUCUGGCUCUGAGGAUUUAAAACCCUGAGCUGUGUGAGGACAUGAAAACCAAGACAUCCACGGCUGGAGGGACGUCAGAGGUCCGUGUGAAGAAAGAGGAGACACUGGAGCUGAAAAUCUACAACCAUAGAGAUGACCUCGACAACCCACCUGAAGGUCUCUCUGUUAAAGUGGAAGAUCCUGACAAUAAAGACUACCUCUACUGCGAAUUUUGCAAAUCCUUCUUCCUCAACAAAUGUGAGGUUCAUGGACCACCCCUCUUCAUCCCAGAUACAUCUGUUCCCAUGGGAGUCCCUGACCGAGCCAGACAAACACUUCCUCCUGGGCUAGAAAUCCAGAAGUCCAGUAUUCCUGAUGCAGGCCUGGGAGUGUUUAAUAAGGGGGAGACUGUUCCAGUAGGUGCACACUUCGGCCCCUGCCAGGGAGAGCUGGUAAACAGAGAGGAAGCCAAGAACAGUGGAGACUCCUCGGUUCUAUACAGGAGCAUGCAGUGUGAAGAAUACAUUGAUGCCAAAAGAGAGAUGCAUGUGAAUUGGAUGAGGUAUGUGAAUUGUGCCCGUAAUGAAGAACAGAAUCUUGUGGCAUUUCGGUAUCGAGGGGGAAUUCUGUAUCGUUGCUGUCGACCCAUUAACCCAGGACAGGAGCUAUUGGUGUGGUAUGAAGAGGAGCACACCAAAGAACUCAGUCCUGCACCUACAGGAACAACCAGACAGCAAGAAGCAAAGAAGACUUUGCUGCAGGUCUUUUCCUGCUCCAUAUGUCCUCGGUCCUAUGCAUCUCAAAUUUACCUUGACAAACACAUCCAGAGAUGCCACUAUGAAGAGUAUGUGAGACUGCAGGAAUCAGGAGGGAUUAAAUAUGAGCUUCAGAUCCCCUCUAAAUGCUCCAGUAGUCAGCCAACAUCAUCUGAUGCUCUCAGUUUUGACACUUCUCAUAAUGAUAUACAGAAGGAAAUUCACCACUGCUCAGACUGUGGAAAGAGUUUUGGUCAUCAGAAUGUACUCAAGACACACCAGUGCAGUCACACAGGAGAGAAGCUGCAUCACUGCUCACAGUGCGGAAAGAGUUUUACUCAGCAGAGUGAUCUCCAACAACACCAGCGCAUUCACACAGGAGAGAAGCCGUUUCACUGCUCACAGUGUGGGAAGAGUUUUACUCAUCAGAGUGAUCUCCAAACACACCAGCGCAUUCACACAGGAGAGAAGCCAUAUCACUGCUCACAAUGUGGGAAGAGUUUUACUCAUGAGAGUGAUCUCCGACGACACCAGCGCAUUCACACAGGAGAGAAGCCGUAUCACUGCUCACAGUGUGGGAAGAGUUUUACUCAUGAGAGUGCUCUCCGACUACACCAGCGCAUUCACACAGGAGAGAAGCCGUAUCACUGCUCACAGUGUGGGAAGAGUUUUACUCAGCAGAGUCACUUCCAAACACACCAGCGCAUUCACACAGGAGAGAAGCCGCAUCACUGCUCACAGUGUGGGAAGAGUUUUACUCAGCAGAGUGCUCUCCAAACACACCAGCGCAUUCACACAGGAGAGAAGCCGUAUCACUGCUCACAGUGUGGGAAGAGUUUUACUCAGCAGAGUAAUCUCCAAACACACCAGCGCAUUCACACAGGAGAGAAGCCGUAUCACUGCUCACAGUGUGGGAAGAGUUUUACUCAUCAGAGUCAUCUCCAACGACACCAACGCAUUCACACAGGAGAGAAGCCGUAUCACUGUUCACAGUGUGGGAAGAGUUUUACUUGUCAGAGUGCUCUCCAAACACACCAACGCAUUCACACAGGAGAGAAGCCGUAUCACUGCUUACAGUGUGGGAAGAGUUUUACUGAACAGGGUACUCUCCAACGACACCAACGCAUUCACACAGGAGAGAAGCCGCAUCACUGCUCACAGUGUGGGAAGAGUUUUACUCGUCAGAGUGCUCUCCAAACACACCAACGCAUUCACACAGGAGAGAAGCCGCAUCACUGCUCACAGUGUGGGAAGAGUUUUACUCAUCUGCGGACUCUCCAACGACACCAACGCAUUCACACAGGAGAGAAGCCGUAUCACUGCUCACAGUGUGGGAAGAGUUUUACUCAGCAGAGUGAUCUCCAACGACACCAGCGCCUUCACUCAGGAGAGAAACUGCAUCACUGAUCAGUCUGGAAAGAUGUUUACUUAUUCAGUUACAUUUAAAACCUACAAGUGCACCAACUUGUAGACAUUGCAUGAUUUAAAAUUGUCAAAUUAAAUAUGGUUAUUAUUACAGUUUUGGCUGAAAAUGACCUGUACUUUGAACUUUAUUGUUCAUGUUAUAUGACUGUUUUAAAAUACGUAACCUUAGUGAUGUUUAAAACAAGACUAUUCUUGUUUUCUUUUGAUCUUAAGUAGUCAUUAAUUACCACCAUACAAGUGACAAUUAAACUGCACCACUAUUAUCAAUGUAAUACUGCAGCAUGAGACUAAUUGUUAAUGGAAUUUGUACUGAUCAGGAGUUUAAUGUACUACAAUGUAUAACAGAACUGUGGAUCAAACCAAAUGAGUAUGGACCACUUGAAAUGAAGCUCUUCCAGCUAUAUGCAUCCACCUUGUCUCACUGGUAGAGGAGAAGCCAUCAGUUAUUUAUAAUGAUAAUCUAGGAAUCGUACAAAAACCUGAACAAAAAUUCAGUAUGUUUGAAGUUCUUUAUCCUAAUAUAUGUAGCUAAAAAAAAUAAUUCUACCUGGUCAAUUCAGCUAAUUAUUAUUUCCUGACCCGUGGUCUAUAUUCUGAAGUUCUUUCUGAAUUUGCGAAUUUCAUCUCAAACCUGGUUGUUUAUUGAGACAACAGAUUAUUAGAGACGUUAUUUGUUUUGAUCACCUGGAAGAGACUGAGAACAGCAUUCCCGUCCAUUCUAGAUUCAGUAGGGGUUAAUGAGAGUGUCACAGGAUCUAACCCUAUUUUUUUUAGGUUUUUGUAUGAUUCCUAAUCAUCACAUUCUCGAUCUAAUACUUGCAUUUGUAUUAAAUAUAGAAAAUAUAGUCACACUUAUACAGUCUGAAGCUCCCUCAGACCAUUACCUCAUCUCUUUUGAAAUGUCUUAAUAUAUGCACCUUGCAUGCCAUCGCAUCAAAAUUACAUUCGCAUCAACUACUGCAUAAAGUUUUAUCAGUAGUCUCCCAGAGUUAUCAAUUUGAUUGGAUCCCCGUUAGACCCCACAGAACUUGAUCAGCCAACUGAAUGCUUACAGUCAAUGUUCUGCUUUACUUUAGAUAAUGUAGCUCCACUUAAAAGAAAAUAAUUCAGGAGAAAAUAAAAUAAAACCUAGCACCCUGGUAUAACAAUCACACAUGCACCUUAAAACACAAAAUUGAUAGUAUUCCAUUUAGCAUGGAAGGAGAGCCUCUGGAACUACAAAGACAAGCUUUUAAUGCUGCUAGAUCAACAACUCUCUCCACCUUAAUAGAAGAUAACAAAAGUAAUCUUAAAUUUUUAUGUAAUACUAAAGUAUUACAUCAAAAUUUAAGAUUUUGCUAAAGCAAAAUGAACUAGAAAUAAGACCACCACAGAAAUUGAUUUUAUAUGCACAUAUGUAAUCACGACCAUACACACACCUUAAGUAAUCACAAAUGUACUCUGAUUCAUAUAACCACACGUACAGAUUUAUUUUUAUGCUGAUUAAAUACUAAUUCAAAGCUGAGUGUGUUAAUUUUCAGUAAAGAAUAAAUGAAGUUAAUUCUCUUAAAAGUAAUAAUAAAUUGGUUUAUGAAUUAUCAUAAUUACAGUAAUAUAUAGAUUUAGGCACUGCCUAAAAGCGGAGCUCCCAUCUGUUUCUGGGUUGUAGAAUUUUCUUAUAUCAUAGCCAGUCUCUUUUGUUUUAUUUCUUUACUGGCUAGCACUGGCCACUGGGGGGGUUAUGACUGGUAAUUACAACCCCGAUUCCAAAAAAGUUGGGAGAAAGUACAAAUUGUAAAUAAAAACGGAAUGCACUGAUGUGGAAGUUUCAAAAUUCCAUAUUUUAUUCAGAAUAGAACAUAGAUGACGUAUCAAAUGUUUAAACUGAGAAAAUGUAUCAUUUAAAGAGAAAAAUUAGGUGAUUUUAAAUUUCAUGACAACACAUCUCAAAAAAGUUGGGACAAGGCCAUGUUUACCACUGUGAGACAUCCCCUUUUCUCUUUACAACAGUCUGUAAACGUCUGGGGACUGAGGAGACAAGUUGCUCAAGUUUAGGGAUAGGAAUGUUAACCCAUUCUUGUCUAAUGUAGGAUUCUGUCUUAGGUCUUUUUUUGUCGUAUCUUCUGUUUUAUGAUGUGCCAAAUAUUUUCUAUGGGUGAAAGAUCUGGACUGCAGGCUGGCCAGUUCAGUACCCGGACCCUUCUUCUACGCAGCCAUGAUGCUGUAAUUGAUGCAGUAUGUGGUUUGGCAUGUUGGAAAAUACAAGGUCUUCCCUGAAAGAGACAUCGUCUGGAUGGGAGCAUAUGCUGCUCUAGAACCUGGAUAUACCUUUCAGCAUUGAUGGUGUCUUUCCAGAUGUGUAAGCUGCCCAUGCCACAUGCACUAAUGCAACCCCAUACCAUCAGAGAUGCAGGCUUCUGAACUGAGCGCUGAUAACAACUUGGGUUGUCCUCCUCUUUAGUCCAAAUGACACAGUGUCCCUGAUUUCCAUAAAGAACUUCAAAUUUUGAUUCGUCUGACCACAGAACAGUUUUCCACUUUGCCACAGUCCAUUUUAAAUGAGCCUUGGCCCAGAGAAGACGUCUGCGCUUCUGGAUCAUGUUUAGAUACAACUUCUUCUUUGAACUAUAGAGUUUUAGCUGGCAACGACGGAUGGCACGGUGAAUUGUGUUCACAGAUAAUGUUCUCUGGAAAUAUUCCUGAGCCCAUUUUGUGAUUUUUCAAUACAGAAGCAUGCCUGUAUAUGAUGCAGUGCCAUCUAAGGGCCCGAAGAUCACGGGCACCCAGUAUGGUUUUCCGGCCUUGACCCUUAUGCACAGAGAUUCUUCCAGAUUCUCUGAAUCUUUUGAUGAUAUUAUGCACUGUAGAUGAUAUGUUCAAACUCUUUGUAAUUUUACACUGUUGAACUCCUUUCUGAUAUUGCGCCACUAUUUGUCGGCGCAGAAUUAGGGGAAUUGGUGAUCCUCUUCCCAUCUUUACUUCUGAGAGCCGCUGCCACUCCAAGAUGCUCUUUUUAUACCCAGUCAUGUUAAUGACCUAUUGCCAAUUGACCUAAUGAGUUGCAAUUUGGUCCUCCAGCUGUUCCUUUUUUGUACCUUUAACUUUUCCAGCCUCUUAUUGCCCCGUCCCAACUUUUUUGAGAUGUGUUGCCGUCAUGAAAUUUCAAAUGAGCCAAUAUUUGGCAUGAAAUUUCAAAAUGUCUCACUUCCGACAUUUGAUAUGUUGUCUAUGUUCUACUGUGAAUACAAUAUCAGUUUUUGAGAUUUGUAAAUUAUUGCAUUCCAUUUUUAUUUACAAUUUGUACUUUGUCCCAACUUUUUUGGAAUGUGGGUUGUACUAACACUGACCACUAGGCGGUGUGUAUGACUUGUAAUUGCUAACACUGGCCACUAGGCGGUGUGUAUGAGUGGUGGUACACGUACAUGGACAAACCACAAAAAAUCGACUCUAUGGGUUUACCAUUAAGGCCCGCGCGGGAGCUCCGCUAAAAUACAGCAAAGACAUUGAGAGAGUUUAUACUGAAGGUUGUUUUCUGUUAAAUCACAGGCCUAUUCAAAAAGUGUAAUUUUAUAGUGUGGGAGACUGGCCAAGGACACGAGUGUUGCGCUAGUUUCCACCUGCAGCCUGUAUUAGUCUUUAACUUGAUUUGACCCCAGCCAUUUUGAAUCAUGUAUUGUACACGCUGAAUGCUGUAUACCACCUCUUAUCGUGUGGUUUGAUUCUUUCUGAAUGGACCAUUUAUGCUGGAAAAUUUGGCUCAGUUGAUGCAAAAUAUGAGCGGUAUGAGGUGUAUUGCCCAAUAGAAAAUGUUCAAGUGGUAUAACGGGACAUGUUAACCAAUGAAAUUAUUUGUAUACACCUGUGUUUUUUCUUUGAGACCGUAUAAAAUGAGAGCUUUGUAAUUUUGACUCUGUUCACUCUGCAGACCG